AAAAAAAAAAAAUUCCUCCGUUUCAACCUCACAAUUGCAACAAGGUUUCGUAUAAAAGAGGACAGAAAUUUCGCAGGUUGCUCCUUUGUCUGAGGAUCUUGGAGAAGGAAACAAAAAAAAAAAAAAAAAAAGAUAAAAGCAAAAAAAAUGUCUUUCACAGGAACUCUCGACAAAUGCAAUGCUUGCGACAAGACAGUGUAUGUGGUGGACAUGUUGUCCAUUGAAGGGAUGCCUUACCACAAGUCUUGCUUCAGGUGCACCCAUUGCAAAGGAACCCUUGUGAUGAGCAAUUAUUCCUCCAUGGACGGAGUCUUGUACUGCAAGACUCAUUUUGAGCAACUCUUCAAGGAAUCUGGCAAUUUCAGCAAAAACUUUCAACCAGGAAAAAUUGAGAAGCCAGAGCUGACUAAGACUCCCAGUAAGAUAUCUUCCAUCUUCUGUGGAACACAAGACAAGUGUGCCGCUUGCGAAAAAACUGUUUACCCUCUUGAAAAGGUACAAAUGGAAGGAGAAUGCUUCCAUAAGACAUGUUUCCGGUGCGCUCACGGUGGCUGUACGCUCACCCACUCUUCUUACGCCUCCCUAGACGGUGUUCUGUAUUGCCGGCAUCACUUUAACCAACUUUUCAUGGAGAAAGGAAACUACGCUCACGUGCUCCAAGCAGCGAACCACCGUCGCACGGCCUCAGGCAACACUCUUCCUCCAGAGGCUACGGAAGAAAUCGCAGUCGAGGCUAAGGAAGAAAACGGCGAUUCACAGUCUUGAAUAUAUAUAUAUAUAUAUAUAUAUUAUAUAUGUCUUGUUGAGUGCUGAGUGAUUGAAUGUUGCGGGGGAAGAGUUGAUUUUCAAUUGUAAUGAGUUGUUUCCAUAAUCAAGACAUGAUUUUUUCUUUUGAUUCGUUCGUUGUCACAAUCCAACAAUAUGAUUUUCGACAGUGUGAUUGUGAUAUGCAUAGUGAUGGAGAUUCAUUCGUAUUGUAGUA